AUGACAGAAACAAAAUUACGUCUCGAAGAUUGGCUAGAUGACCUGUGUGUUCGAUUUAUCAUAAACUUACCUCGAGAAGAGCUUGAAUCGGUGGAGCGUAUAUGCUUUCAGGUCGAAGAAGCGCAAUGGUUUUACGAGGAUUUCGUCCGGCCACUUGACCCCGCCCUGCCUUCCCUAUCGCUCAAGGCGUUUGCGAUGCGGAUAUUCCAGCACUGCCCGCUCAUGUCGGAAUGGUCCGAAUACCAUCAUGCUGCAGCGUUUUCGGAGUUUCUCGCGUACAAGACUCGUGUUCCCGUCCGUGGAGCUAUCUUAUUGAACCACGAUAUGGAUAAAGUUGUGCUGGUCAAAGGUUGGAAGAAGAAUGCUAAUUGGAGCUUCCCGCGUGGAAAAAUCAACAAAGAGGAAAAGGAUCUCGACUGUGCUGUGCGAGAAGUCCUUGAAGAAACUGGCUAUGACCUGAAGGCUGCCGGUCUUGUCAAGGAUGAGAAGCACAUGAAACACAUUGAAAUUACCAUGCGGGAGCAACAUAUGAAGCUCUACGUCUUUCGCGGUGUUCCUAUGGAUACUGUAUUUGCUCCUCAGACCAGAAAGGAAAUCAGUAGGAUCGAAUGGGUGAAUUUGUCCGACCUACCGACUGUCAAGAAAAACAAGCAACACGAUGCUGUAAAUGCAAACAAAUUCUAUAUGGUCGCCCCAUUCCUUAAUCCUUUAAAGAAAUGGAUCUCUCAGCAGCGGAAAUUGGAUGCCAAGAACAAUUUCGCAUCUAUGGCAUACACUGAGGGCGAGACGUCGAUGGACGAAGGCUUUGUCUCCGCUAAUAAUGGGUUUACACCGGUUCAAGCUCAUAUUCAGCCUGCUAUCCCUAGUGAGCUCCCCAAGGUCACUCCUACGCUAGAUGUCUCGUCGCAUUUGAAGCGUCUUCUGAAUAUUGGUGGCCCUGCCGCCUCACCAUCAACCACUUCGCCACCCACCGAUCCAUCCAAGUCUAACGCCUUGCUUUCAUUGUUGAGGAGUGGAACAAGCGGUACCUCUAUACUUGCUUCUGGAACGCCCCAGCAGAGUACACAACAGCCACCUGUUUCUCAUAAAGCUCCAAACCUCCUGAACCAGGUACUCAACCCUGUCGGCGGUAUGAGGAAUCAGAUAAACGCGCCAUUCCAGCCUAGUUUGGCACCUUACCAGAGAACGGGAGAUCCUCUGUUCGCUCAGCGAGCAGGUCAAGUUCAAACUCAAGGGCAGAUUGUACCUCCCGCAAGCAAGUUACCACCUCCAAAAUUGACGAGUCAUUCCCUGGCUUUGUUGAACGUCUUGAAGGGAAACCAGCCAGAAGGCAUAUCCGCGACUAAGGCUGUAGAACUUGCUGGGCAGCCUGUACAGCCUGUCCAGCCUGCUCCAAAACAAAUUCUUCAGCGUCCGACGUCCCUCGGUAAUAGUACUGCGCCUGCAAAGAUAACAGAAAGGAAACCCCCAGAUGCUCUUACGUCUGCCACAGUUUCUGGACCUCUGCGAACGCCAGACUUUGACAAAACCCCAAAAUCAAAUCGCGGGGUGCCCCCUGGUGCGCGUGGAAAACGACCCCAGCAACAAGCAUCUCCAGUUAGGAUUCUCUCCCGACCUCCAUCGGCGAGGAAAGAUAUGUCGACGGCCCCACCGAGUAAAGGUGUGUCAACACCCCCUGCGCAGACUUCAACAUCAGCGUCGCUCUCUCUCCAAGAGAUCAUAUCACGAUCGAAAAUCAUACUCUCUGAUAUCGGAAUACCUAGCGCGUAUUUAUUUGGUUCUUACGCGAAAGGCGAACAGACAGAAGACAGUGGCAUCGAUAUCGCGUUAGAAUUUGGGGAGAAACUCAGACUGCCAGAUUGGCCUAAGAUAGCAGAUGCAAAGGAAGAACUUGAGAAGGCAUUCAGUAAGAAGGUCGAUUUAACUGUCUGUCCAUCGAAAGACUUCUAUGAAAAAAUAAAGGACCAUAUGAUAGUGCUGGUGGAACCCAAGACCUUCCAACCGACAAUCUUGCGCCGAUCCGAGAAAUUGGACCUUAACUCACUUCUACCUGUUCGAACGACACAUGAGCUACCUCAAGAGUUGAGUGAUAUUCCACUUAGACAGAAAUCUGCGGUACCUCCUGGGAACAAGGUUACUCAGCCAAACUAUGACCGACGCCCUAGCCAAACUGCGGCACAGAAAGAAACCUUGCUCUCUCUUUUCGGGAAGUCCCCCCCUACAAAGACCUCUCUAUUGGCUUCCUCUAUGGAGCAUCCAAUUGCAAGCAGCCCAUUCAACAAUGCUACGCCCUCUCCUUCACUUUCAGGAGCUGAACCGACCGUUCCAGCUGGCGCCGUGCCCAGCAUUGAUAGCGCAUCGGACUAUGGCUCUCGAACUCCUGGAGCUGCGCAGCGCAUGAAAUCACCAGAUAACAAAGCAUUUUUGCUGGGAUUCCUUCAGAAUGUAGCUGAAAGGAAGAAAUAA